AUGUCGUCUAUUACUUUAACUAAAGAAUCACAUAAACAUCCAGAAAAAUUUAGAAUCAAGUAUCAGGAUUGUUCAGAUAUCUUGGGUCCACAUCGUAAAGAAAGAUAUACAUAUAAUGAAACAUUACCAACUAUUGAAACUUCAUCAAAAGUUGCCAUUAUUGGUGCUGGUUUCAGUGGAAUUGCAACCGCAAUCAAAAAUUUAAAAUACUUAAAUGAAGAAGAUUUUGUCAUUUUUGAAAGACAUGAUAAUUUUGGAGGUACAUGGUAUGCCAAUACUUAUGUUGGUUGUGCAUCUGAUAUUCCAGCUGUAUUUUAUAGUCUUUCUGAAGUAUUGGUUUCAAACUGGAGUAAAGUUCAACCGCCACAAUAUGAAAUGGAGGAAUAUAUUUUAAGAGUCGUUGAUCAAUUCAAAUUGAGAGAAAAAGCUGUGUUUGAAACAGAGAUUAACAAAUGUGAAUGGAACGAUGAAGAAGGUGUUUGGACCAUUACUGCUCAUAAUGUUAAAACUGGUCAAAAAAUUAUUCAUAAAAGUCAAAUUUUAGUUACUUGUCAAGGUGGAUUGGUUCAUCCUAAUCAAUUUGAUGUUGAAGGAUUGGAUAAUUUUAAAGGUGAAUACAUGCAUUCUGCACUUUGGGAUCAUAGUAUUGAUUUCAAAGGUAAAGAUGUUAUUGUUAUUGGUAAUGGAUGUAGUGCUAAUCAAAUUGUACCUAGUUUGUUAAAUAACCCUGAUUACAGUGUAGGAUCAUUAACUCAAUUAAUUAGAUCCAAACAUUAUGUUAUGCAUCCUAUUCCAAAAAUUCUUCAUUGGUUGUACAAUUUGUUAUCAUUUAAUUAUUAUGGUAUAUUGUUGGUUCGUUGGAUUGUUGUUAUUGCUGCUGAAACUAGAAUUCCAUUGUUUAAAGGUGAAGGUAUACUUGCAAGAUUUGUUCGUUGGAUAAAUACUAGAGCGGCGGUUCAUUACAUGAGAAAGAAUGCUCCAAAGAAGUUUCAUGAUAUGAUUAUUCCAGACUAUAAGAUUGGGUGUAAGAGAUUGAUUUUUGAUUAUGACUAUAUUCCUUCAUUGAAUGAUCCGAGAAUUGAUGUCAAGAACACACCAAUUGAUAAAGUUGUUGAAAAUGGUAUUUUAUUGAAAAACGGGGAAUUGAUAAAAGCAGAUAUCAUUGUUGCAUGUACUGGAUACGAUGUGGUAAAGAGUUAUUUCAAUUAUGAAAUCAUUGGCCGUAAUGGUAUUGAUGCUAGUAAGAUCUGGAAAGAAGAAGGUCCAAGUGCUUAUAGAACAUUACAAGUCAAAGAAUGCCCAAAUUUGUGGAUGAUUACUGGACCAAACUCAGCCACUGGUCAUUCAUCAGUAGUGAUGGCGAUCGAAAAUGGUGUUGAUUACUAUGCCAAAACAGCAAAGCCAGUUUUAGAAGGUAAAGCCAAGUCGGUCAGAGUGAAAAAUGAAGCGUAUGAUAAAUGGUUCAAUACAAUUCAAGCUGAAUUGAAGAAAUCAGUAUUUGGAACCCCAUUUGGUGGAUGCAUUUCAUGGUAUGCUAAUGAAAAGGUCAAUGCAACAGCUUAUGCAUGGAGUCAGGCUCAUUAUUGGUGGAUCACACAUUUCCCUAACUACAAGGAAUUGAUCUAUGAUAAAAGUGAACCAAAAAAGGACAUUUAA